AUGGAGGCAAUUAAAUCAAGCGAAACUAAAUUCAAAGUAUUUUAUGGGACUUUCGUAGACACACCAACGUUAGGAGAAUUAAGGAUACGUCCUCGUACGAGUGUAGGAGUUACCAUCGAUGGAGUGAUAAGGUUCAUCAAGAGAGAAUCUCAAAAUCCUCUCCAAGAAGCACUAGAGUAUGACCCCAACCUGAAACCUUGGGAGGUAGAUGUGGUAGACACAUUUCAAGAUCAAGGUUCAUCGUUUUUCUUCCCCGGGUUUGUGGACACACAUGUGCACGCCUCGCAGUACCCAAAUGCAGGCAUAUUUGGGACCUCCACAUUGCUGGACUGGUUGGAGAAGUACACAUUCCCAUUAGAAGCCUCGCUCAAGGAUUUGGAUGUUGCACGUAUGGUGUAUAAGAAGGCUCUGGAUAAGACGUUGACCAACGGAACAACGACGGCGUCUUACUACACAACGGUGGACGCGGAAUCCUCCAAAUUGAUGGCGGAUAUGUGCUCUGAAAGAGGUCAGAGGGCAUUCAUUGGUAAGGUCUGCAUGGAUCGAAAUGCUCCAGACUACUACAUUGAAUCCCCCGAGGAGUGCAAGCAUUCCCUCCAUGCUGUCAUGGACCACAUUGGUAACACGCUCAAAGAUGAUAAGAUCAAGCCUAUAAUCACACCGCGAUUUGCACCCGCCUGCUCACGAGAACUUAUGAGCUGGUUGGGUAAGAUCGCCAAUGAGGAGAAUUUACACGUCCAGACACAUCUUGACGAAAAUCCGAAUGAGGUAAAGUGGGUCUCGGAGCUUUUCCCUGAGUGUGAGAGCUACACUCACGUUUAUGACGCGCACCAACUUCUUACAAAGAAGACUGUGCUGGCACACUGCAUUCAUCUCACAGAUGCGGAACUGGAGUUAUUGAAAAAACGGGAUUGUGGGGUGUCGCACUGCCCCAUCUCUAACUCUUCGAUUACGUCAGGAGAAUGUAGAGUCCGGUGGCUACUGGACAAUGGUAUCAAAGUGGGUUUAGGGACUGAUUUAUCAGGCGGAUUCAGUGCCAGCAUUUUGGCAACCGCCAGGCAGGCAUUACUAGUUUCAAGACAUCUAGCGAUGAGAAAAGAAGAUGAAAACAAAAAGGAGCAUGCGAAACUCUCAGUGGAAGAGGUACUUUUCCUAGCCUCCGCUGGAGGUGCUCAGGUUAUGAAUUUAGAUAAUGAAAUUGGAACUUUUGAUGUAGGAAAGCAAUUUGACACACAGUUGGUGGAUUUAGAAAGUCUUGAGUCUAAUAUUGAUGUCUUCCAAUGGCAAUAUACAACUUGGUCCGACAUGGAUAAGGAUAAGCAGAACUUGGAGAAAUUUCAAGACUUGUUAGCCAAGUGGCUGUUCAAUGGGGAUGAUCGCAACACUGUGCGAGUUUGGGUUUCUGGGAAACAAGCGCACCCACUCCUAGAUUAG